AUGCAGAUCAAAAACAUUUUCAUGGCCAUCAGCGCCGCUACAGCCCUUCUCCCGACCGUCUACGCAACCGAGGCGGCCACUGGGCCCGGUGCUGUCGUCAAGGCGAAAUGCCCGUAUAGUUAUUUCAUGCCUAAGGAUGGCAAGUGGGAAAAAGUUAGCGAAGGCGAAGCGGAUGCGGACAGCGAGACAAGGAUCGUACACGCCAUGGUGAAAUUUGCGGCCGACUGCAAAAUAACCAACGACUCGAAGUGGGUGGUGGUCAGGAAUGGACAUGUCAACUCGGUAUGA